CCUUGGGCCCUUAUAGACCCUCCGCCCGUACAGAGCCCCCUAUAGACCCCUCCUAUAGCGCCCCCGCCCCCCAGGGCUCCUAUAGAGCCUCGCCCCAUGGAGCCCCUGGAGAGCAAUCCCUAGGCCGCUACGCCCUAUAGAGCCCCCCCGGCCCAUAGGGCCCCCUUCCCGAGAGCAAUCCCCUGCCUGUGUGGGGCCCUAUCAAUAUUUAUUACCCCGCCCUGCUCCUGAAGAGACUCACUCCCCUAUUUCCCCUGCUCUCUCCCCCCCAGAGGCCCCAUUUAGCCCCGGUCCUUGUCAGGAUCCUGCACCCCCAUAGGAUCCAUACCCUGAGAGGGGGGAGGCUGGAGAGACCCAGGCCCCUCUGCACCCUCCAGAAGGACUCCCCACCCCCCAUAGGAUCCACAUCUGUGGGGAGUGGGGGGCUGGACACCUCCAAGCCCCCCAUCUCCUGUAGGGUGCAUCUAUCCCCCUGAAGGGGAGAGGGGGCUGAGGAGCCCCUGCAGAGUCUGCUUUCCCCCAUAAAUAGCAGCAGUGAGGGGAGCUGGGUUUAGACCCCGUAGGACCCCCCCCCAUCCCUACAGAGUCUAGCACAUGCCCCCCGAGUGAGGCUGGAGGAGGCUGCUGGGGGUGCUGCCCCCCACCCCAAUACUCUGGAGCUGGAGCCACAAGGGAGAAAGCGCCGUCAACUGCUGGAGGUGAGUGGGGCGGCAGGGAAGCCCCCCCGCCACGGCCAUGCCGUCCAAUGCCCGGGCCGGCAGCCUCAAGGACCCCGAGGUGGCCGAGCUCUUCUUCAAGGACGACCCCGAGAAGCUGUUUGUGGAUCUGCGAGAGAUCGGCCAUGGCAGCUUCGGGGCCGUCUACUUCGCACGCGACAUGCGCAACAACGAGGUGGUGGCCAUCAAGAAGAUGUCGUACAGCGGGAAGCAGUCCAAUGAGAAAUGGCAGGACAUCAUCAAGGAGGUGAAGUUCUUGCAGAAGCUGCGACACCCCAACACCAUCGAGUACAAGGGCUGCUACCUGCGGGAGCACACGGCCUGGCUGGUGAUGGAGUACUGCCUGGGCUCCGCCUCUGACCUGCUGGAGGUGCACAAGAAGCCGCUGCAGGAGGUGGAGAUCGCGGCCAUCACCCACGGGGCACUGCAGGGCCUGGCGUACCUCCACUGUCACAACAUGAUCCACAGGGACGUGAAGGCUGGGAACAUCCUGCUGACGGAGCCGGGGCAGGUGAAACUCGGGGAUUUUGGCUCGGCAUCCAUCAUCGCCCCCGCCAACUCCUUCGUGGGCACGCCGUACUGGAUGGCCCCUGAGGUGAUCCUGGCCAUGGACGAGGGGCAGUACGACGGGAAGGUGGACGUCUGGUCGCUUGGCAUCACCUGCAUUGAGCUGGCGGAGCGCAAGCCUCCUCUCUUCAACAUGAAUGCAAUGAGCGCGUUGUACCACAUCGCCCAGAACGAGUCCCCCGUGCUGCAGUCCAGCCACUGGUCCGAGUAUUUCCGGAACUUUGUGGACUCCUGCCUGCAGAAAAUCCCCCAAGACCGGCCCACCUCAGACGUGCUGCUCAAGCAGCACCGGUUCCUCCUGCGGGAGCGGCCCCAGACGGUGAUCAUGGAUCUGAUCCAGCGCACUAAGGACGCCGUGCGGGAGCUGGACAACCUGCAGUAUCGCAAGAUGAAAAAAAUCCUCUUCCAGGAGGCACAGAACGGCCCCAACGCCGAGGCGCCCGACGAGGAGGAGGAGGUGGAGCAGUUCAUGCACCGGACAGGCACCAUUAACAGCAUGGAGAGCAGCCACUCGGUCCCCAGCAUGUCCAUCAGCGCCAGCAGCCAGAGCAGCAGCGUCAACAGCCUGGCAGACGCCUCCGAUGAGGACGAGGGAGCGGAGAUCGCCAUGAUGCAGGAGGGGGAGCACACAGUCACCUCCAACAGCUCCGUCAUCCACUGCCUGCCAGGCCAUGAUAACCUGUAUGACGACCCGUACCAGCCGGAGAUGGAGCCCCAGAGUUCAUCGGCUGCCCGGCGCCGUGCAUACUGCCGCAACCGGGACCAUUUCGCCACCAUCCGCACGGCCUCGCUGGUGACCCGGCAGAUCCAGGAGCACGAGCAGGACUCGGCGCUGCGGGAGCAGAUGAGCGGCUACAAGCGCAUGCGGCGCCAGCACCAGAAGCAGCUCAUGGCGCUGGAGAACAAGCUGAAGGCGGAGCUGGAUGAGCACCAGCUGCGCCUCGACAAGGAGCUGGAGGCCCAUCGCAGCAGCUUCAGCGCCGAGGCCGAGAAGCUGGCCAAGAAGCACCAGGCCAUCUUCGAGAAGGAGGCCAAGGCGGCGCUGGCCGAGGAGAAGAAGUUCCAGCAGCACAUCCUGGGCCAGCAGAAGAAGGAGCUGAGCAACCUGCUGGAGUGCCAGAAACGCCAGUACAAGCUGCGCAAGGAACAGCUCAAGGAGGAGCUGCAGGAGAACCAGAGCACCCCGAAGCGGGAGAAGCAGGAGUGGCUGCUGCGGCAGAAGGAGAACAUGCAGCACUACCAGGCCGAGGAGGAGGCCAACCUGCUGCGGCGGCAGCGCCAGUACCUGGAGCUGCAGUGCCGCCAGUAUAAGCGCAAGAUGCUGCUGGCCCGUCACAACCUGGACCAGGACCUGCUGCGCGAGGACCUGAACAAGAAGCAGACGCAGAAGGACCUGGAGUGUGCCAUGCUGCUGCGGCAGCACGAGUCGACGCAGGAGCUGGAGUUCCGGCACCUGCACACGGUGCAGCGCACCCGCACCGAGCUCACCCGCCUGCAGCACCAGACCGAGCUCAGCAACCAGCUGGAGUACAACAAGCGCCGCGAGCAGGAGCUGCGCCAGAAGCAUGCCAUGGAGGUCCGCCAGCAGCCCAAGAGCCUCAAAUCCAAGGAGCUGCAGAUCAAGAAGCAGUUCCAGGACACGUGUAAGAUCCAGACGCGGCAGUACAAGGCCCUGCGCAACCACCUGCUGGAGACCACGGCCAAGAGCGAGCACAAGGGCAUCCUCAAGCGGCUGAAGGACGAGCAGACGCGCAAGCUGGCCAUCCUGGCGGAGCAGUACGACCACAGCAUCAACGAGAUGCUCUCCACGCAGGCUCUGCGGCUGGACGAGACGCAGGAGGCCGAGUACCAGGUGCUGCGGAUGCAGCUGCAGCAGGAGCUGGAACUGCUCAACGCCUACCAGAGCAAGAUCAAGAUCCACACAGAGGCGCAGCACGAGCGGGAGAUCAAGGAGCUGGAGCAGCGCGUUUCCAUCCGCCGGGCCCUGCUGGAGCAGAGGAUCGAGGAGGAGAUGCUGGCGCUGCAGAACGAGCGCUCCGAGCGGAUCCGCAGCCUGCUGGAGCGGCAGGCCCGGGAGAUCGAAGCCUUCGACUCGGAGAGCAUGCGGCUCGGCUUCAGUAACAUGGCGCUGACCGGCAUCCCCGCCGAGGCCUUCAACCAGGGCUACGCCGCACCCCCCCAGCCCUGGCCCUCCCGCCCUGUGCCCCGCAGCGGUUCCCACUGGAGCCACGGCGUACAGAACACCGCCGGCGCCCCCCACGCUUGGCGCCAGCCCCCCCUGCUGGCUCCGCCCCCCUCUGCCUGGCUCCACCCCCCCUCCUCCACCUCCUCGCCCGCCUCUGCCCCGGGGGGCCGGGCCAACGUGGUGAUGCUGCGGAACAGUCCCCAGCCGCUGCGGCGCACGGCCUCCGGCGGCCAGGCCGAGCCGGGCAUCAGCCGCUCGGCGAGCGUCACCUCGCACAUCCUCAACGGCUCGCACUUUUCAUACACCUGAGCCAGCCACGGGGCAGGCCCCCAGCUCCAGGCUCCCUGCGAGCCACCCUCGACCCCCGGCACUGCCCGGCCUAUGGGGAAAGGCCGCCCCGAGCUCUCUCCUCGUGCCCCAUGCAGAGACACUCCCCCUCGGUGUUCUUGCGGGGCCAGCUACACCCUGCCGUGACCCGGGAGGGGACCAGCCCAGCGCCCGUGUCUGCUCCCCUGCCCAUGUUGACACCCCCAAAUCCACACAGGAACACACUGGUCCCCUCCCCCCCGCUUUCCCCCCCCACACACACACACACGGGACCAUUUGAUCUUUGUUUUCAAAUCUUGUUUUUUUCUUAAUUUCCUUCCCUCUUCCUGUCACUGGGGGCUGGGAACUCGGAUGCCUGGGUUCUCUCCCUGGCUCUGAGAGGGGAGGGGGGCCUGGUGGGUUAGAGUGGGGGGGCCUGGGAGCCAGGACUCCUAGGUUCUAUCUCUCUAUCCCAUAGAUGACAGGGUACCUUUCCAUAUCUUCCUCCCCGCAAGGAGCCCUGCGGUACCUGGUAUGAGCAAGCCCCCAGGUUUGGGAUCAGGGUACCCAGUGGGGGUGCUGUGCCUGGGGGGGCUCAGCUUCCUCCCCCCAUCACUCAGUUCCCCCAGCCCCCCUCCUCUGUUCCAUGCCCAUGUUCCCCCUUCUCUGGGAGUCUCUCUCCAAAGGAUAUCAGAGGCUUCUGCCUUGAGCGCUGCACAGGUCAGCCCCCAUCUUGCCCUGGGAAUGGGCUGCCCCUCUCCUGGACUGCAGUGACAUGGGGGGACCUGAAACUGCUUUUUCUAUCCCCUUGGGAUAGAGGAUUCUUGACACUACCUUUUUGUGGUUAUGGGGCAAGCUGGAAACACCUCCCCCUUGGAAGUGGGGUGUGUUGAUGCAGCCUGUGUCAGGCUGAUGGGGGCUGGACACACUUCCCCCAGCACAGAAGAGAAACUUGAAAACGCUGUCCAUUGGGAGCCAGGCCCAUGUUGAUCCGUUUUCCCAUGUGGGAAGAGAAGCAUGAAAUCCAUUUCCCCAGGAUGGCGGCAAAUCUUCGUACAGUUUUCCCAGCAUGAGAAAGUUUUCAACACAUCACUCUGUGUGGCGGGAAGACUUGAAACCACUUUCCUCUGGCAGGAUGGAGAAACUUGAAACCUUCUUUCCAUGGUGUGUGAACCUUAAAAUGUUAUUUACUCUCCUAAAGGGGGAAAUCUUGAUCCAGUUAUACCCCUGGGGGCUAUUUUCCUUUGUGGGGAGGAUCGGAAAGUCUCGAAACAACUAUUUGCCUAGAAGCAGAAGGGGUGGGGGAGGCAAUCUUUAAGCACCAUUUUCCCUCCCAAGGUGACAAAUCUUGCUAAGCGGUUUCUGUGGUUUGUGGGUCAAGGAGACAGGAACAAUUUUCUCCUUCGUGCCACAGGGGAAGCCUCGACACAGACUUUUUCCACACAUGCAAUAAGAGGAACCUUAAACAGAUUUUUCUGCUCUUGUGCCAUGGUGAAGGGAACUCAAACUGGAUUGUGUCUUGUCACGCACUGGGGGAGAAGGUGGUUGGUGUGCCAUGGGGAGGAGACUUGAAACAGAUUUUUUCCUCUCACACCAUGGAAAGGGAACUUGAAACAUUUUCCUGCCCAAACGCCAAUGCCCGGGUCCUCUGGGGUGUGAAUUUCUGCACAUUUUUUAAAAUUAUUAUUUAAGAAACAAUCAUCCAGGACUUUGAUGGAACAACAACAAAAACCUGAUUCCUCCAUUUCUUAAUUGAUUUUCUAAAUAACCACCUUGCCCAACCCCUGUCAAGGCUGCUUUUGAAAAGCGGUCUGGGGGGUGAGGGACGGACUAAUUGCUUUGUUCUGCUAACUAACCAUGUGGCUUGCCUGUGGGAUCUGGGGGCGGAGGGUCCGGGGCUGAUGUAUAAUAUAUAUAGCCCCUUCUUUUUAACGAUCUUUUCCUUUUGGUGCCAUAACCUUCCCUUGUACAGUUCCCUGCUCUCUAGAUCUCUCCUGUCUUUCACCCCCCGCCCCCCGUGUGGGUGGUGCGUGCGUGUGUGUAUCUCAUAUUUUGUUUUUAUAUAUAUAUAAAAGAAGGAAAAUAAGAAAAAACAAUAGAAAUCUGUGUCCUGAUGGAAUGUAUUAAAACAAAACAAAAACCAACCACUUUUUUUAAAAAGCCAAGCCAGGUGGUGAGGAAGAAGGGCAAAGGGGGCAGUAGCGAGUCGGGCGCUGCCCCCACAGAGAGAAGGGAAAAAACUUUUAAUAAAAAUGUUGGAUAUUAUUAAAAAUCAAA